AGGCGCUGCAGCCAUUUCAUCACUUUAAAGAGAGAAACCGGAGAUCAGGGUCCCAGAGUAACUGUAACCAGAGAUCUGCAAACAUUUACAUACUCUACUGUGACACCGAACUAUAAAAGAGAAGGGACAUACGCGGAGGGAAAGGAGCAGGAAGCUAAGACACCUUAAAUGCGAAAGGAGAGAAAAAAAACGAAGCACUUUUGAAAUCGGAUUUGCGGCUUGUAGCAAUCAUGUGUGAAUGUGGUCUAUGAGACUUGCUCUGCGGUGCACGGACGCGUGGCUGUUGCUUUAUACUGGAGCUCAGGAGGUUUCCUUUAAUACUUUGAAGACACUUGAAUUGUACAAAGUAAAAAAAUGGGUUGGAAGAGCCAUUCAGGCGGAUGGUUUGUGAUUGUUUUGGCACUUUGGCUUGGAUUUGGAAUAACGCGUUGCAGGACUCGGACAUACACGAACCACUGGGCUGUGAGGAUAACAGGGGGUCCCGAAGUUGCAGACAGGAUAGCCGGCAAAUACGGCUACAGAAACAUGGGUCAGAUUGGAGUCUUAAAGGAUUACUAUCACUUUUUCCAUAGCCGAACAAUAAAAAGGUCUACACUCUCUAGCAGAGGAAUGCAUAAUUUUAUUUCCAUGGAACCAAAGGUGGAAUGGAUACAGCAACAAGUAGUGAAAAGACGAACGAAGAGAGAUUACAAAGCUUCUCAGCAACUACCCAUUUCUUUCAAUGAUCCCAAGUGGCAGAACAUGUGGUACAUACACUGCAAUGAUGACACUCGUAAUUGUCAAUCUGGAAUGAAUAUUGAAGGCGCUUGGAAGCGUGGUUAUACUGGGAAAAAUGUUGUAGUCACCAUUUUGGAUGACGGAAUUGAGAGAAACCAUCCUGAUCUGGUUCAAAAUUUUGAUUCACAGGCGAGUUUUGAUGUUAAUAGCAACGACAAUGAUCCAAUGCCUCGAUAUGAUGCAAGCAAUGAAAACAAACAUGGAACCCGUUGUGCCGGAGAAGUGGCUGCAACUGCAAACAAUUCACACUGCAUAGUAGGAAUUGCCUACAAUGCCAGGAUCGGAGGUGUGCGAAUGCUGGAUGGUGAUGUUACAGACAUGGUGGAAGCAAAAUCACUCAGCCUACAACAGCAGUACAUUGAUAUCUACAGUGCCAGCUGGGGCCCAGAUGACGAUGGAAAGACAGUAGAUGGACCAGCAACGCUUGCCAGACAAGCUUUUGAAACUGGAAUUCGAGCAGGAAGAAAGGGCUUGGGUUCAGUCUUUGUCUGGGCCUCAGGUAAUGGAGGGAGAAGUCGAGAUCAUUGUUCCUGUGAUGGAUACACCAACAGUAUCUAUACUAUAUCCAUAAGCAGUACUGCAGAAAGUGGAAAGAAGCCUUGGUAUCUGGAGGAAUGUGCUUCCACACUGACUACCACCUUCAGCAGCGGGGAAAACUAUGAUCGAAAAAUAGUUACAACAGACCUUAGGCAUCGCUGCACUGAUAGUCACACAGGAACAUCUGCCUCGGCACCUAUGGCUGCAGCAAUCGUUGCUCUUGCUUUAGAAGCAAAUCAGUUUCUAACAUGGAGGGAUGUUCAGCAUAUUAUUGUAAAAACUUCACGUCCCGUGCAUCUAAUUGCCCCUGACUGGAAAACAAAUGCUGCUGGCUAUAAAGUGAGCCAUCUUUAUGGAUUUGGAUUAAUGGAUGCAGAAGCUAUGGUUAAAGAAGCAGAGCGAUGGAGGACAGUUCCACCCCAGCACAUCUGUGUGGAGCCUGCUGACAAACAAAUAAGGACAAUUCGUUCAGAUGCUGUUGUGAGAAUAGUGUUUAAAGCUACUGGUUGUGCUGACAACAGUAACCAUCGAGUCAUUUACUUGGAACAUGUUGUUGUGCGCAUCACCAUUCAUCACUUCCGAAGAGGAGAUCUAUCUAUUUAUCUUACCUCACCUUCUGGAACAAAAUCACAGUUACUGGCUAACCGGUUAUUUGAUCAUUCAAUGGAAGGAUUUAAAAACUGGGAUUUCAUGACAACUCACUGUUGGGGUGAAAAAGCUGCAGGUGAUUGGAUACUUGAAAUUUACGACAGCCCAUCACAAAUACGAAAUCAUAAAACACCAGGAAAGCUUAAGGAGUGGACUUUAAUUCUCUAUGGGACAUCUGUUCAUCCUUAUUCCUACCAGGGAUCAUUUGACAAUCUAAAGCAAGAGAAACCACGCUCCCCAGAGGAAGUUCAAGACGACUACUAUAUGGAUGAGUAUAUUGGGCACUGCCACCCAGAAUGUAGUGAUGCCGGCUGCGAUGGGCCUGGGCCACAUCAGUGCAUUGACUGUUUGCAUUACUUCCUGAAAUUUAAAAACCAUACACGAACCUGCGUUUCAGAAUGUCCUUCUGGCUUCUUUCGAGAUGAUAAGAAACGCUGCAAGAAGUGCUUCUCACUGUGUGAGACUUGCAUUGGUGGGCGCUCUGAUCAGUGUACUUCAUGCAAGACUGGUUAUUUUUUAAAUGAAGAAACAAACAGUUGUGUAUCUACUUGUCCAGAGAGCUUCUACCUUGAUAAAGAAGACAAUAUAUGCAGGAAAUGUAGUGAAAACUGUAAAAAAUGUACAACACUACAGACUUGUACAGAAUGCAGACCUGGACUGAGUUUACAGGGCUCAAAAUGUAUAGUGAGUUGCAAUCCUGGUUCAUACUAUAAUGGUCAUCGAAAAGAAUGUGAAGUUUGCCACCAGGCUUGUGCUACCUGUGCAGGUUCAGGGGCAGAGGCUUGCAUAACGUGUGCUGAAAAUUAUUAUAUGGAAGAAUGGAGAUGUGUACCAUCAUGCAGCCCUGGGUAUUAUCUGGAGCAAAGCUCUGAAAAUGAAGAAAAACCAAGUAGCUGCAAAAAAUGUGAUGCUAGCUGUGUGACCUGUUCUGGGUUUGGAGAAAGAAACUGCACCAGCUGUGUUAGUGGAUACAACCUGGAGUCUGGUGUGUGUGUGGUUGGCACCAUCUGUAAAGAUGCAACUGAAGAAAAAUGGGCUGAAGGAAGCUUCUGUGUUCUAGUCAAAAAGAACAAUCUUUGUCAACGAAAAGUACUCCAACAGCUGUGUUGUAGAACAUGUUCGUUAAACGAGUGAAUUGACUUCUACAGGGUCUCGUCACUUCCGUAUACAUUUAUUUUGAUAAUUUAUAUGAAAAGCUGCCAAGCUCCGUUUUCAUUGGAGUUGCUGAACUGAUCUGCAGAACUUUAAGUGACAGAACUACAACAAACCUACCUUUUCUUUACUGAGAUGAGUUUUCAGGGUUUAGCAACCAGAAUAAUGAUGAACAUGUGUGCUGUGUGACCAAAGUUCCGAUGCCAAACAUAUUUUAACUUUGAUCUUCCAGUGGGAUCAUCCCAUUUUUGAAGAAUAUUUUUUAUCUUUGCAAUGCAGAUAUCACUUGUUUUAUCAGAAGUAUGGCACAAGUUUACAAUCCUAUAGAAUGUCAGUUAAAUCCAUUAACUUUCAAUUUGAUCGAUGAAUAGAAAACAAAAAUACAACACUUUAUAAAUACAGUAUACGCAUAUAUAUUAUAUUAUUAUGUAAGGACAGCUUGAAUCCAUCUUAAUUAAAUCUAUGGUCUCAGAUUCAGACAUAACACAUUCCAGAUUCAUAUAGUAACCCACACAUUAUAAUUCUUGUUGUUCAUGUGCAGUUUUUGUUAAUGGCUAAAAUAAUAUCAUAUAUACAUAUUACAUUUUUGCAAAAUUAACCUUUUGAUAUUAAAGGGAAAUGUAAACCUUGUGAGCUGAUCAUUGUAUUGUCUCUUUCAAACGGAAACUGAAAGCAGGACAGAAAUCUUUCUUACUUAACUGUUUUUUGAGUUAUUAUAAUACUAUUAUAAUAAUUAUAAAAAUCUAACAUGGGAAUGGAUUGAAGUUUUCAUUUUUCUAGUACAUAGCAGCGAUAGUUGCCAUUUAGUUGUACUGAUAAACUCAAAAAGUCUCAGUAGAAUAAUUUGGCACAGCAAAAUGAAAGCCCCCGUUCCUAACGAGAAGAACAAAACUAGAAAUCCUGUAAUCUCGACUAAUCCAAAAAACUGCACAUUCAGCUCUUUAAAAAAAAAAAUGCUACAUCUAAAAGAAUCUAACAUUGGCCAACUAAGCUACAAAAGUUAUCGUAACUGGUAAUAUGAACACAAGCGUUCAUUUCACAUUAAUUUGCUGUUGAAAUAAAAUAAUUGCGUCUAGCUGUAUUUCAUUUAUAAUUAAAAACAAAUGUGACACACUCAACAGAUUUCUUGCUGCUAGAAAUAAAUUUGCUCUUCAGCUCAUGCUUGAUAUUACUUUCUGGGUUACUCCUUCCACAGUGGUAUCCCUCCAGUAAAACAGUAUUCGCUUUUUAAAUUAGUGUGCUGUUUUAUGCUUUUUUUCAAUUCAGGUUCUGUUACAAAACACCACAUUUUUUUUACUUUGUUUUUAAAUAACUUUUAACCUAGUAACCAGUUUAGCGCAGUGGUAUACCAUGGAGAUUUUGCUGUAAGGUGAAGAUGCUAUAUUUUUACUUUUAAGUAACAUAAGGGAAGUAGACUCCAAAUGAAGAACACUACUAGCCUAAGGGUGAGAUCAUUAAUAGUUGAAACAGACAUGUACACUGCAAAAAUCUUUCAAUAAAGCUGCCAUUCUAAAAGGAGUGUCCAUAUGCAAUGUCGGUAUGGUAGGUACACGUAUUCCUAGGUUUCAGCAAAUCUCAUCUCUUAGCCUUGAACACAUCUCAUCUUAAAGCAUUUGUGAAUGCACAAGAAAUGUCUUAGGUUACCUUUUUCAUUUCUUUCUGCUGGACCAAAAAAAUGCAGGGAGAUUGCUAAAUUCAGUAUUUGUUAUCCAUGUGAAGUAUUACACAAUCCUCAAUGGAUCGGUUACAAAUACUUCAUGAGUUUUUAAUGUUUGCCUUUGGAAUGAGAGCUUAAGUCAUGUUAAUUCAUAUUCUGUUGGGGAUUUACAUGUUCUAGAUUGCAAACAAGAAAUAAAUAAGAAUGAAAAGGCUA